UAUAUAUGAUUCUGUGAAUAUCCUCCUCAUUAUUCCUUCGCCCUAGAAAUCUAGAAUUCUAGUAAUUUUGGAAUCCUUAACGUAAUACACAAGAAAAUCAAUUUUGGGAUUCCUAGAUUACCAGUCGGAGUUCAAAUUAAAAAGCCGCCGCCAUCAAAGGUUUUGGCAUCAGCAAGUCAAUUCGGAUAUGGCUUACUCCGUAGAUGAUGGAGAUUUCAACAUAGAUUAUGAGGAUUCCGACGUAGAUGAUGGAGAUUUCUAUCACAGUGACAACAUAGAUUAUGAGGGUUCCGACGAAGACGGCGGCGAGGAUUCUUUUACUCGAAAGCCAAGUUACAGUAUAUUGAAGGAGGAAGACAUUCGCGUACUCCUCGAAGACGACAUUAACAAAGUCUCUAGUACACUUUCGUUGCGUAGAGGGGACGCUUGCGUUUUGCUACUCGCGUACAGUUGGAGCGUGAGCAAGGUGCCGGAGGAAUGGUUCGCGGAUGAGGAAAAGGUCCGGAAAGCGGUGGGGUUAUUGCCGGAGAGCCAAACUUCGCCGAUCCGAUUCUCUAAGCGCGAGAAAUUCCGGUGCGAAAUCUGCGGCGACGAAUAUCCUCUCUCCGAAAGCACCGCCGCCUCUUGCGGCUGCGGCCACGCUUUCUGCAUCGCGUGUUUUAAAUCGUGGAUUCAAUCGCUGAUCAAGGACGGGCCGGGUUGCCUCUUCAAGCUCCGCUGCCCCUGGGUUGGCUGCAACGCCGCCGUAGUGGCGGAGACGGUUGAAUCGGUCGCUGAUGAGGAAGACAUAACUAAGUAUCGGCAUUAUCUCCUUAGGUCUUACGUGGAGCAAAACCGGAUGAUCAAAUGGUGCACGGGGCCCGGGUGCGAUUUCGCCGUGAAGUUCGAUACGUGGAACGCCGAUUACUACGACGUUGUAUGUGAAUGCUCGCAUACUUUUUGCUGGAACUGCUCGGAGGACAAUCACCGCCCGGUGGACUGCGGCACCGUCGCCAAGUGGAUGAUGAAGAAUGUCUCCGAAGCCGAGAACACAAAUUGGUUGCUUUCCCAUUCCAAGCUCUGUCCCAAGUGUAAACGCCCAAUCGAGAAAAACCAUGGAUGCAUGCACAUGACUUGCAUUGCACCUUGUUUUUACGAGUUUUGUUGGUUAUGCCUGGGCGGGUGGGGCGAGCACGACUGCAACCGGUACAAGAGGGAGAGGGAGGAUAAGGAUAAGGAUGAGGUGACGAGGCGGGAGAAGGCGAAGAAGAUGUGGGGGAAGUACAUCCAUCACUACGAGCGUUGGGAGGGGAACGAGAGGUCGAGGAAGAAGGCGGUUGAGGACUUGCGACGGUCACGAGGGGAGGACAUUCAAAAGCUAAGCAAAAUUCAAAGCGAAUCGCUUUCCCAGGUGAAGUUCCUGGUGGAGGCGUGGGAGCAGAUAGUGGAGUGCCGGCGCGUGUUGAAGUGGACCUACGCCUACGGCUACUACCUGCCGGAGGAGGCGGCGGCGAGGAAGCAGCUUUUCGAGUACUCCCAAGGCGAGGCGGAGGGCGUACUGGAGAAGCUCCACCACUGUGCGGAGAGAGAGGUGGAAGAUUACCUGUCGUCGGCGAAGCCUUCCGAGGAAUUCCAGAAUUUUCGCCGCAAGCUCUGCAAUCUCACUUCUGUUACCAAAGGAUUCUUUGAGAAAUUGGUUGCAGAGCUGGAGAACAAUCCUCUGGAAAGCGAAGACAAUGUUGUUGAUGUCGCGGACGCGAACAAACGAUUGAAGCAGUGAUCUAUCUAACAUUCAGACGAGUAGGAAAUAGGGUUUAGGGUUUCAGCGAUCGGAAAUUUUGCAUGGAUUGACUGGAGCAUUAGAGACACACGCACAAGUGCUAUAAGAAUAAAGUGUCAUUUUAACUAGAAAUAAUGUAAUGAAUAUCGUUAUCAUGCACAAGUUUCAAAAAUAUAAAUAAAAAAAUGACCACAACAUUUAAAAAAUC